GGGGUACAGAGGUGCCUCACCCCGGCUCAUUUCCCUUCCUAAACUGGAAUAAGGUCAGUGCUCAAAGCCUUGUUGCCCCAGUGCAUGGGAGCAUGGGGGAGGGGGGGUGUUUUAGCAGCACCAGGACAGAUAAAGCAGCAGGCUCUGUUGCUGUCUCCUGGGGGUCUCAGCUGUGCACUGCAAUCCCACCAGCCCCACCCCACGCACUGAAUGCUAUCUGCCCAGCAGGCUGGGUUGUUAGGAAAGGCUGGACAGCCCCUGACCUGGUGGAAGUUUAACAUGGAAAUUGCAACACGGCUCCCUGGAUGAACGGCAGGUCCUCCUGGCUGGGCACCAGGGUAGCCAGGGGCACGCGCCUUGGUUCAGAGCCUGGGUCCCUUCAGCAUUCCUUAGGACCCCGUCAGCUGCCGUGCCUCAGCCCCCUGAUCCUGGGGCUGGCUGCCUCAGCCCCCUAGCCAGGGAAUAGCUGGCAAGUAGCAGAACCCCAGCCAACCCCCUCCUGCCCUCAACAUGCACCCUGCUCCUGACACACCCUGGAAUGUCCUCUGCACCCGGGGCUCUUGCUGGGCCUGGGUGAGGGAUUGUCAGAGGACCUCUUGUGUUGGAAUCUCUCCUUUGGGAAGGGGCUCCAUGCAGCCCCAGGUGUGAGCUGGGCACAGCCUGCCUGGGCCCCACCUCCUGCUCAGCCGCAGCAGCUCCCAGCUCGCUUUCCAUCCCCAAAACCUGGCCAGCCCCUCUCCCCUCAGCUUCCUUCCACCAUGGAGCAGACCCGGCACUGGGCACAGCUGCAAAGCCAGCUCUGUGCCUGGGCGACGAGACUCCUGCGCUGUGCGGCGGUAUUUCCCUGGGAGUCCUUCAGCCCGCCAUAUGACCCUAAGUGCCAGCCUGCCUGUGGCAGUAUGCAGCUGCCAGGGGUAGCUCUGCAGACUCGCUCCCAGGAGGGGGUACCUGACAGAGCCCAGAGAGGGGCAGAGGAAUAAUCAGGGAGCUGAGACCCUCUCUGUCUCUGCAGCAUCUGGGGACUGGUGGGUGAACAGGGAAAGCUUCUCAGAGCAAUCAGGGUGGUGGCACGGACUAGCUGAACCCUGGCUCCUUGGGCUGCCCCGGCUAUGUAUGUGGCUCUGCACAUUGUUGGGUGCCCACAAGGAGCUGGAGCCAGCUCCAUGGACUCUGUGCCAGCCUCAGCAGCCUCCAUGCAGCGGGAAGGCCUGACUGUCCAGGGGAGCUUGGAGGAAGGAUCUGGGCUUUCCCCACGGGCGCUGCUCCAAACUCUCCAUUACUCAGCGCUCUGCCCUUCCUGCCCAGCGGAGGUCAGAGCGGACACUGGUCUGAUAACAACCCCACGCCCCUGCUUCUCUGGAUUAAUCGCCUAUUAGUUCACUGUCUGAAAGGAAAACUACCCUCCCCCGCAAACACACGCACCACACACGUAACCCUGAAAUGAUUCCGGAGUGGGAGGGGGCGAGAUCUGUGAGCCCAGUCUCCCGGAUUCUACUUCCAGCUCUGGGAGGAGAGCGGUGUCUAGCAGUUGGCAGGGGAGCUGGGAGUCAGGAUUUCUGGGUUCUGUUCCUGGCCCUGGAAGGGGGCACGUGACUGAAGCAGUAGGAGGAGAGUGCUAUCUAGUGAUUAGAGUGGAGGACUGGCAGUCAGGACUUCUGAGGUCUGCCCGUGACUGGCUGUGUGAUCACGUCAGUCACUUUGUAGCCAUCUCUGUGCCUCAGUUUCCCCAUCAGGCUGGUGGCUGAACAGCACUGGAGCGACCGCUCGUCAGCGCCCGGGCCGCAGGGGCCGCCCCUCCACCGGCAGCGGCUGUUGCUAGGAGACAGAGGGACGCGACUUGCUGCGGGGGGGGCUCAAGAGCCAUGCCGAAGAAGGGGCGCAAGGCGGCCGCCCUGAGCGAGGAGGAGCGGUUGCUGCUGAUGCAGCAGAAGAUGCUGGCGGAGGAGGAGCUGAGCAAGAAGAAGGAGGACAUGCUCACCCAGUUCCUGAAGGACAAGCUGGCGAAGGAGGAGCACAACAGCGCCCUCAACAUGAAUAAAAUCAACCUGCAGUGGCGCACGGUGCUGCGGGAAGUCAAGGCCAGAGAACUGCGCAAGGACAUUGAGAUCCUGAGCCAGACCUUUGAGCGGGUGGUGGACUGCAAGGACAGUGUCAUCCAGUCGCUGGCCAGGGACCUGUCCGAGGCAGAGGCGCAGUACACUCAUGCCCUGUGCAGCCACCUGCACAACAUCGACCAGUUGCUACAGCUGCAGCGGUGCCGCCUGAGGUACCUGGAUGAGGAUUACAACACCGAGCUGGAGGCCCUGAAGAAGGAGUUUGAGACAGAAAGGAGGAUGAUCAUCGAGCACCAUGACAAGGAGAGCCGCUACCUCCGGGACGUGCUGCUGGCCCUGGAGCAGAACUUCAGUGAGAGCGAGUACGAGGCCAAGCUGGACUUCCAGAGCACCAGGGACGAUGUCAAGAACAAGAACCUGGAGGAGAAGCACUAUCUCCGUGUGCAGCUGGAGGGCACAGUGGAGGAGCUGUGGAAGCAAUUCCAGCAGGCGCUGAAGAACUACACCGAGGCAACAGAGGACCGGAAGAUUGCAUUUGAGGCCCUCAAGCUGAAGGAUGAGAAGAGCUCCAAGGAGAUUGAGAUGCAGAUGAAGAAGUUGCAGAAAAUUCAGGACUCCAUUGGCAUCCUGAAAGGCAAGAUCAUGGCACACAUGCGGGAGGCCGAGGAGCAGAACCGGCGCGUGCACGAGGAGAAGGAGGUUGUGCUCAAGCAGCUGCAGAAGCUCAAGAGCCAGAUGAACCAGGCCAGGACCAAGGCCAGAAGCAACCUGGCCAAGCUCACCCUGGAGAGCAGCACUGCCCUGAAAAAGCUAAGGGGUGUCCUAGAAAAGGCAGAGCUCAUCCUGAGGCUGGCAGAGAUGUGUCGGAAGCUGGAGACCGAGGAGGAGAAGGUGCUGCCAUUCUAUGCCUCCUUGCUGAGCAGGGAGGAGCAGGAGAAGGUGGAGCAGGUCUCCCUGGAGAAGGCGGGGGAGCAGCUGGCCCAGCUGAUGCAGGAUUACCUGGGCCUGGAGCACUUCUGGCAAAGGUACAACAAGGUGAAGCUGGAGCAGCUUUCUCUGGAGCGGGAGAAGGCAGUGCUGCGCCAGGAGAACCAGAAGCUGCGCCUGCUGCUGAAGCAGUACCUGGAUGGGAUCUCGGUGAGUGAUGAGGUUCUCAGCAGGCUCAACCCACUGCUCAUCGUCAACCACAAGCCUCGUGCGCCUGGGCCUGCCGGCAAAGCCCACCGAAAACGGCUCCUUCACAAUGUCAUCGAGGCUGCCCACGAGGUGCCACACAUCCUGUGAGCCGCCCACCUGCCCAGCCUGGGGCAUGCUGGGAACUGUGCUCUGCGAGCUGCGGCAGCUUGUGCCUGGUGCGCGUGGCUGGGCGAGUCGGGCAUGAGGAGCAGUGAGCGCUUCCCCCCUGGUGCUGUUCCACUUGCUGGGGAAACUCUGUACCCAUAGGAAGCUGCCAUUAAAGGGUUGUACUGAU